UUGAAGCCGAAGGUUUUAGGGGAAGGCAGAGUAGCGACUUGGUCUCUCUCUCAGCUCGAAUCACGCCGGAAACGAUGGUGUGGCUGCUGCGACGAAUCGAAGGUGGGUGGGGCCUAGGGUUUGGGUUUCUCUCAAACUCUCUCAGUCCUCAUCGAAGGUCUCGAAGCCGCAACGACGGAUUCAAGCGGGGUCCCGCUGGGGCAGGGCCCCCCUCCGAAAGAAAAUCUAUACAUGCACUUGCUUCGGGUGUUUUGGUUUUGGGCCGUUCGAUAUUCCCUUGCCCUAAUACUUAAGCUGUUCGGCCUCAGAAGCUCUUGCAUGGAGCAGGAAGAUCGUCUUGUCGCCUCUGUGUUCGGCUUCAGAAGCUCUCGCACGGCGCACGAAGCUCGUCUUUGUGUUCAGCCUCAAAAACUCUGGCUCGGCACAAGAAGCCCUUGCUCGUCUCUUCGCCUCUGCGCAAGAAGUGGUGGUGAUACGAGAAAGGGCGAUGGGACUUGUGAAGGGCAGCUUCUCAUUCAGAAAAGGAGACUGCUGUGGGGAUCAAUAUUGAAUGGGGAUUAUUGAUGGCCAGUGUAUCAGAAGACAGUGGUGAACUCCAUUACAGGUUUAUUG